AACACUAUACCAAGAGACAAUUCUAAAACCUCGUUUCUUCUCUGUCAGUUCCUCAUGCUUCCCUUACUUUCUCUCUCUCUUCAACUUCUCUUUCUUUUCAAACACUGAAAUCGUGUUUCUAGUUUCUCCAUACCCAUUUUCUUCAAACCCAAACCCUAACCGUUUCUCCCUCGCCACUUCUGUGACCCUUUCUCUCCCUCUCUGAAGCUUCAAGGUUCAGCUCACUCUGCCGUUUGUUUCCUUCAAAAACUCACCGAAAGUAUUAUCUUUUUAUUCCUUUUCCUCUCAUUCUGCUGAUAAAUUGCGCAUCUUUUGCAUACCCACAUGCAGAUUUUGUUGCUGUGAAUUUCUGAUUUUGUUUUUCUGUGUCCUAGAGUACUGCACGUGGUGAUUUUAUGGAGUUUUCUUUUCUGCAUCUUAUGUGUAGCGUUCCCACGGUUAUAAGAACUGGGUUUGCAGGGUUUUUGGUGUAUUAAGUGCUACUAAUUUAGUUUAGGAUCCACUUCCAAAGUUGCAAUCUUUGUAGUGAAUGAUGUAUCAGCAGCAAAACCAAAACCUACCCACGGUCUCGCAAUCUCUGCUACCACAAACGGGUUCAGUAGCUGAUGUUAAACCCUUCUCAAUAAGACAGUUUGCUCUUGCUUCUCGUCAUAGAAGUAUCCUUCAUAGCUGGCCAUUUCAUGAGAAACACUUGCAUUUGUGUCUUAAACAUGGUCUCAAGGAGGUGUUGCCACCAUUUGGACCAAAAAUUUCACUUGCUGAACCACUCAAAGGUUGUUCCAAUUUUAUGCAUUCACCAAAUGAUAAUAUUAAAGAAGCUGAUUCUUGCAAAGCUGAAGUUCCACGUCUCAUUGAUGACCAUCCACAACAUAUUAAAAAUGAGUGUGAUCACAAAUUCACCGACCCUUUUUCAUCACAUGAAGAGGGAUACCUGCAUAAGUGCAUCAUUUCUGCAAACUUAUCCAAACCAGCAGACACAUGUACCCUCCAAAGUUCAACUCAUGUUCAUAAGAGCUUGCCACCAAUAUCCAAGUCAGUGAAAGAUAAACGCAGGAGGCGUAGAGGAAGAUGUAAGAAACGCUCCAUGGUAGAUAUUUUAGCUGUGGCACGGCACAGUACUUUAGAGGAGAUCCAUAGGAUUAACCAGUUUUGUUAUGCUGAAACUGUGAUUGAAAGGUGUCAUCAAACAGUGCCUUAUGAAAAUGUUUCAAAGUCUGAGUUAGUGAGUGAGGAUUCAUUUAGAAAAGCAGGAAGUGAAGAUGAUGGUGUAGCUAAUGUUGAUAUGGCAGCAAAGGGGUCAUUGCUUCUCAAGUUCAAGCUCAAUGGAUAUGUAAUGUAAAUAGGAAUUGCGAAACAUUAAUCGAUUCCUUUCAUAUUUUUUUUUUUCUGUUAUUAUUCUUAUCUUCAUUCUAGAAUUUUCUCUUACACUGUCAUAAAGAGGCACAAAGGAUUGAUACACAUACAUCUACUUUGGUGGGUAGGUGUCCUUGCAUGCUUCUAUUCCAUUAUUGUGCCCCAUUCCACCACCAAAUAUUAUUAUCUAGCCUUAAUUUAAGUACAAUUGGCUAUGAUAUC